AUGACUCGUUUGUGGAUAGUCCUGGUCGGACUCGUCUUGUGGAGCUGCAGCACGGCGCUGUCAGCGAGAACGGGCAAGAACAGACAGCGGCCCAAGGUGAGGGAUGAACCUGCGGGCCAAACAGAGCAUGUCAGGGCACACGGGGGUGGCGAGAGGGAAGCUGGAAGGGGCUCAGAGACAGAUUUUUUGGCUGAUUUUGCCGGGAAAAAGAGACUAUGGGUGAUCGCCGCACCAUCGCACGCCGACGACUACCUGCGAAUGAUGGAGAAACAGAUCGAGGAGUCGGAAGGGCUGAACUGUCGACUUGCAGACAGGGACACGUUAAUCGUGACUAUCAUUCAAAACGCCAUGAUGGAGGGCAAAAUUAAAUACACCACCAGGCAGGGACAGGCCACCGAGCAAUCUCUGGACUCGGACAUGGUCACCAAACUUCUUCAUUAUCUGGAGCUGGAACACCAGAUGUUCUCCAUGCUGAUUCUGAAGAAGAACCUGAAGGUCGGCGAACGAUUUCCGUACCCGGUGAGAGUCGAGGCUGUUCUAGAGGUUAUCGAUCAGCUCCCAGUGCGAAAGCUGGAAAAAGUCGCGAGAAAAGGCUCGAUCCAGAAAUGCAAAAUCACCAAGAAGAGGUUGAUCGCCAAGCCGAAUCUUAACGGCGCUAAGAUGAAACGCGUGUUCAGCCCACAGAGCCGAGGGAAUCUGACGUCCGUCUUCAAAACGCAGCGAGAACCUCUGGAUAAAAAAGCAGCCAUCAGGAAUAAAGUCCAGGACAUCCUUAACGGGCGUUCCAGAUUCGUCAUACGUAAAAACCCAUCGAGUUCCAGUACGAGCGGGGAAACGACUGCGAUAAAAAACGCCGCCGGGACCGAAAACGUGAAAAUCAAAUCUGAAAGCCCAGGGAGCAAACACGUCGAGAAGAAAACACACGAAGCAACAGACACCAAACCGGAGCAAACGGUCGAUCAGUCGAAAUCCAAAAAGAAAGGAAAAGGAAAAAAGAACAGAGACAAGAAGAAGAAAGGGAAACGAGAAGGAAAGUCGCACAGAGACGCCGACGCCAGCGAAAAAUCCGCUCUCAAAGAGUUCAUGGAGAAGCUCAGAGGCAAAAGAAGACUUCUUGUCAUUUCCUCCUCCAGUGACAUGUCGGGUCAGUACAUCCAGCAGAGAGACGAGAACGAGCUACACAGUUGUGAUCUGGCUUUACGAAAAGUGACCGUUCUGUCCAUUUUGGGUUUGGAACGGAACCCCACGCUGCGCCUGCAACACUAUCAGCAAGAUGGAGAUCCGAGACUCGCCUCACUACCGGACAGCGUGAAAAAUCCCGACCUGAUCGCUCAGAUCCGUACAGAAUACGGCCUCGCGAAUAAAGAGUUCUCCAUGAUGGUGACGGACUACGACCUGAUCCCUGACGUCAGGAAGGUGUUCCAGUCACCGACGGAUCCACAAACGAUCGUGAAAUACAUCGACAGCUUCGAGUCACGGCAGGCGGAGAAGGAACGGGAAAAGGAAACGUCCGUGAACUGCGGUCCAUCUGAGAUGGAUAGCGAGUCGGAGAACUCACUGCUCAGGUUUAUGUCCAAAAGGAGACUUUUGAUCGUGUCUGCGCCCGCUGAGGACGAUUAUUCCCUCCAUCAGCAACUCCAGGCUCUGAAUGGACAGGAGUGUCACAUGGGAAUUCGUCAUUUUGCGUCUCUGAAACUGGUGGGCAGAGGAGCCGAGGCAUCAGGAACUGUGGAGUUGUUUCCAUUAAAUGGUAGAAGUCAAAGCGAGAAGGAGACGCUGUCCCAUGACGUGGUGAGGAACCUGAGAGAUCAGCUCAAGAUCAACACCGACUACUUCAGCAUGUUGGUGGUCGGCAAGGACGGCGACGUCAAAGCCUGGUUCCCCUCGCCCGUCUGGUCUUUGGCGAACAUCUACGACCUGGUGGAUUCCAUGGAGCUGCGCCAACAGGAAGAGAGACUGCAGCGGACCCUGGGCAUUUACUGCCCCGAAGAUGGAGCUGGCGCUGGAGGGGGCACCUACCAUGGUGGUGGCGGUUACCACGGAUACGGAGACGAGACCGAGGACGGUUAUCUGUACCGUCGACCAGAGGAAUGAGCCUACAAAUCAGAGACGCCGCUGACUCCAUGAGGAACUGCGCCACCGAGCUUCAUUAUUUUUUUUGUUUUUGUAAUGUCCUUCCCCAAACUGCUUUUAAUUAGACAAUGCUACCACACUAUGGUAAAAACAUGAGCUAUAGGAAUUGUACUAGCUCAGAAUUUAAGUUUUAAUCCAGUAACGAUGUUCCUUAGCAUGCGCAGUUGAUGCUAACUAUAACUGAGGUAAAUCCUCAUCAUCUGGAGUAUUUUUUUAUGAAUUAUCAGUAGAUCUGAGGUAAAUGUUGAGG